AGCUUUGAGUUCUUGCAAACCCAAAAAGCUCAAGCUCAAGUUUAGUCACAAUCAUGGCUUCUAAAGCUUUUCCCAUCUUCUUUUUCACUCUCAUUGUGCUCAUAUCCCUCAUUCCUCAUGCAGCUUUAGCAAACUCUAAUGAUGAAAAAUCAUCUCCAUUUGAUUUCCUUAAGCAUCUUGAAGGAUGUCAUAAGGGUGACAAGCUCAAAGGCAUCCACGAGCUCAAAGCCUACCUCGAACAUUUUGGUUACUUGAACUAUAAAAACCAGUCUCAAGCCAAUAAUGAUGAUUUUGACGACCUGUUAGACUCUGCUCUUAAAACAUACCAGCUUAAUUACCAUUUAAAGGUCACUGGAUCCUUGGAUUCCCAAACUGUGUCCAAGAUGAUGAUGCCUCGAUGUGGGGUGCCAGACAUCGUCAAUGGCACCACUCGGAUGACUUCCGGCAAGAAAAACCAACGCCAUAGCUCUACCUCUUUCCAUACAGUCUCUCACUAUACAUUCUUUCGGGGAAGUCCCAAAUGGCCAGCUUCUAAGUACAGUCUUACCUAUGGGUUUCUUCCCCGAACCCCAUCCCGAGCCAUGGAUCCUGUUGCUAGAGCUUUCCAAACAUGGGCUGCCAACACACAUUUCAGGUUCGCGAGGGUACAAGAUUAUACAACUGCCGAUAUCAAAAUCGGGUUUCACAGAGCUAACCAUGGGGAUGGGAAUUCUUUCGAUGGACGUGGUGGAAUUCUGGCUCAUGCUUUUGCACCACAAGAUGGACGAUUCCACUAUGAUGCAGAUGAGACAUGGGCAGUGGGUGCAACCCAAGGUGCAUACGACUUGGAGACUGUUGCCUUGCAUGAGAUAGGGCACCUACUUGGUCUUGGGCAUAGCUCAGUGGAAGGAGCUAUUAUGUUCGCGAGUAUUUCUUCUGGAUCAACUAAGGGUCUCCAUAGUGAUGAUAUCCAAGGGAUUCGUGCUCUAUAUAACGUUUGACUCCUUUUUUGCACAAAAUAAGGGUCGGAUAGCCCAUUUCUCUACCUGAGUUUUCCUUUUUAAAAUUUCAGAAAUAUGUAUGUAUGGUGUCUAUUUUGAAUACUCUUGCUCUAAUCAAUAAUUAGAAUGUUUCUUUUAAGUACUCAAAUAUAAAUUAAAUUGCAAUGAAAUGUAAGUUUUUGUUUUCUCUCAA